CUAUAUUUACACACAUCUCAUUUCGCUUUGGUGCGAAUAUUAGGCCCGUUUUUCUUUAAACAACUGUUCUCGCAAAAUUGGAUUUUUAAGAGUCAUGGAUGAUAAAAUAGCUGAACUUAAACCUUACAUUUGUAGCAGCAAUGAUGCUCUGGAACUUAAGCUGGUUCGUCAUGUCAGAGACUUGGAGGACGAGACAACCACAUUUAAGCCAGAAAUGUCUCAUCAAGUAUUUGAAAAUGAAACGAUAUUUGGAUACAAAGAUCUGAAAAUACAACUGUAUUAUGCAGCUGGAAAUUUAGAAACAUAUUUAGGUAUGACUUAUUCAGAAAAGGUGGAUAAGACUCUAACGGAUGGCGUUGAACCUGAUGAGGUUUUAAAGAAUGUUGCUGAAAAAUUAGAUUCUAAGUUUCACACAAACAUUGAUUCAUUUGCACAAAGUCUCGACAAAGAUUUAGUUUUUAAACCCGAAGGAGAAUUGUUAAGCAGUGUCUCAAUCGAUGAUGAUGGUGAAACCCGACGGUUCGAAAUUUAUAAAUCUUCUAUAAAGUCUGCAAAAUUUAAGGAACACCAUUUGCGUUUGCGAACAUUUCUGCUAUGGUACAUUGAUGCUGCAAGUUUUAUUGAUGUUGAUGAUGAUCAAUGGGACUAUUUUAACAUGUAUGAAAGGAUCAAGAUGGAUGCAGAUAAUUCUGUGCGUUAUGCUACAGUUGGUUUUGCAACUGUCUACCUAUAUUAUGCUUUUCCUGAACAUAUCAGACCUCGUAUAGCUCAAGUUUUAAUUUUACCACCUUUUCAAGGUAUGGGGUUGGGUAACCACUUACUAAGAGGUGUUUAUCAAGAGUAUAUGAAAAAUGAACUAGUCAAAGAUAUUACAGUUGAAGAUCCUUCAGAAGAUUUUCAACGUUUGAGAGACUACGUGGAUUGCACGAAUUGUUGCACAUUAUCAAGUUUUUCCAAGGAUAAAUUAAUGCAAGGUUUUAAUGAAGCCAUGGCUACUGAAGCACGUAAACAUUUUAAAAUCAACAAGAAACAAGCCCGCAGAGUCUAUGAAAUCUUGAGGUUGAAAGCUACAAAUUUGCAUAAUAGUGAUGAGUACCGUAGUUAUCGCUUGGAUAUUAAAAAUAGACUAAAUAUUCCAUACAAAAAAGAGGAAAAUGAUCAGAAAAAAUUGGAAUUAGCAAAGAAAUCUAAAGAAGGAAGCUCCGGACUUAGUUGUAUUUCUCAAAAUGAAAAUCGUAUUCAAGUUCUUGAAAAAGAAUAUCGUGAUUUAGAAGAUGAAUAUUGUAAAGUUAUCAAAAGAUUGGAUGUAUUGUGUUAAUUUAAGAUUUAAUUUUGCUGUACAAAAACAUAGAUUUUUAAAAUCACCGAUUAUUUGCAUUUUUAAAGUGUAAUUUAAGUUUGAAACGCUUAA